CUAAUGUGUGGUAGUUUGAAUGUGCCAGUUUACCUUAAGAUUUAUAUAUAUUUUACAUAAUUCUUUGCAAAGCAUAUGCGUUAAUUAAUUGACAGUGAUUCAUCCUCGACGAGGAAAUAUAUGUUAACGUUAUUAUUAAACGGGUGUUGUACUGGUUUAAAUGAAAUAAUCUUGUAAUUAAUUUUAUUUGGUUGGUUUUAUUCAAUUUUAAGAUCGAGCUUAACUUUAUUUAAAAAUUGGUUUGAAUGAAAGAAAAGAACUUUAACCUUGGACUCAUCCUAAUCCGAAUUGAAAAUCUCAAUUUGUUAAAUUGUCUCAAAAUAAAAAAAUGUCGUAAAUUACCGAUCUGGACGACCUUUGGUUCUUUAAAUAUGUGAAGGUCUCCCAAGAGAGAUAUACUAAUUGAUAAAAAUUAAGUAUCAUCAGUGUUAUAUAAACUGGUUUCAUCUAAUUAUUAUUAGAUGUAAAAAAAUAAACAGUAAAUUUUAUUUAAAAUAAAAACUGGAUCGCAACAAGGAUUCUUGGAUAUCGUUGACGUUAACCUUAAAACAAAAUUUAUGUGUUUCGGUAACUAGUUACCGUCUUCAGAUAAUAUAAACUGUGAAGAUGAUAAACAACUACUGGAUGCUAUUUAUAAGAUUUUAGAAAUUUAUUGUGGUGCUAAAGUUUUAUACAACGUUUUUAAUGGAUCACGGAACCGGCCUGGGAGUACCACAACUGGGGGAAGAGCAGACGAUUUAUAUUAAUUACGUAAAAGUGAUUAUAGAAAUGUCCGCAAUUGACAAAAAUAAAUGAAGAUUUUAGCUAUAACAGUCGCUACAAGAGCUGAAUGCCUUUCUUCUAACGUGCCUCGUCGAAAUACCGAGAAGUCGAUUCCAUUUGAAACGUCAAAUAUUAAUGAUGGAAUUAUUCCAACCACCACUACACCCAUAGAACUAAAUAGCGCGUUCGUUUCAUCGACUCCCUCACCUCUCGGAUUCCGAAGCGAAUAUGUAUCAACUCUAAAUCAAAAUAGUGAAUACGGCGACUCUAAUCCCGCACUAAAUCUUCAAAAUCCGAAUUUCAAUACCUUUUUGGUGCCCCAAUUCGUCUCCGGUAAUCCUCGAUUAAUAAACAUCGACACGAACUCGAAUAGCUUCGCGCAACAAAUCCCUCAGAGGUUAGGAGACUACAAUUCAGUAACGAUAGAAAGUACCACCAGCGGCGGUUCUUUAAAUGACGCAUUCGGGAUAUCGGAAGAUGUAAUUGAAACACAAAAACCGGAAAAGAGUAUUUAUUUUUUCGUCGCCCCUAGGGAAUUGGAACCUAUUCGACCUAGAAUACAAUUUCAAAAAAACAAAAAAAAAGUGAACGUAGUAUUCAUAAAAGCUCCAUCCGCCCCAUCUUUAGGCACCAUCGAAGUUACCGCGCCGGCGCAAGAGUCGCCGGAAAAGACCAUCGUAUACGUUUUAGUGAAAAAACCGGAAGAACAACAAAAAAUUAUUGUUAAACCCGCCCCGGUAGUUAAACCUAGUAAACCAGAAGUUGUUUUCAUAAAAUAUAAAGACGAAGAAGAAGCACAACAACAUAUAAAUAAGGUGCAAGCUCAACACGACGCUUAUAUAAAAAAUCAGGAAGUUGGACAAGAAAUAUUGAACGCGAGACCUAGUGGAGAAUAUAUUCCGAAUUUACAAGUAAAUGAUUUCGGUACCACCACCGAAUCAACUUAUCAAACGGAGGAGAACGAAGUCAAUCAAGGUCCUCAACAAUACUUCUCAAAUUAUAGAUUCGACAACGUCCCGUUGGAAUAUACCACUACCACAAUAGCACCACCACCAGUUCAAUUCCAAACGGCACAGCAACAAUUGAUACCAAAUUAUAAUCCCGUACAACAAACCGAUUCACCCGUAGAUGACGUCACUCAAAGAAAAUCUUUCAAUUACGCGCCGUUGACUUACACAACUUCGACGCCACAAGUUUCGGUCAACGAAUUUACCAAUAAUGAAAAUGUAAAUAACGUUAUCGCGAUUGGUAAUAAGCAGUCAUCGGUAACAACUUCAUCACCAUUCAAAAGAUCGUGGGUUUCUUCGAAUAAAUCACCAAGAAUAGGAAGACCCAAUAUAUCGAAUUUCCAUUUGUUUUUCAAUAAAAUGUGAAUUAUUUAACAUAUUAAUAUACUUUGGUAACAUUUUGUGUUUCGUUAUAUAAAUAAAUUUAUUUUAAUAAUAA